CUUAACGUUGGCUGCUUCUCGCCAUUAAAGCUCACAUAUAGUUGUAAGGUAGAGAGCCACAUCUGCUACUAUAUUAACUACACAGCUCAGCUCGAGUUUCUACUAGCGUUUAAGGCAGCGUACGAUCAAUCCUUUACGCUAGCUGGUAUCUACUCUGCCUUCUAUAGCGCAAGCCUAAUGCCUCUCUAG